GUAAUAAAUGAAAACAUCUCCCCCCCACGCACCCAAUUCGCCCUCGAGCUCAAGCCGGAUGUCGCGCGGGCUGUCUACGCCCCAGCUGUCAAGAUGGCGACCACCUCCAACAUGUUCCUCUACUCCCUGACGGUCCAGCCGCCGACAAAUAUCACCCAGGCCGUGCUGGGUCAGUUCUCGGGCACGAAGGAGCAGCAGAUCAUAACAGCCGCGGGCCCGCGUCUGACUCUUCUUCGCCCCGAUCCCACGCAGGGGAAGGUCAUUACCUUGCUUUCUCACAAUAUCUUCGGCAUUAUUCGGGCAAUGGCAGCUUUCCGGCUGGCCGGAAGCAACAAGGAUUACCUGAUUCUCGCAACGGACUCGGGCCGAAUCACCAUCAUAGAGUACCUCCCAGCCCAGAACAAGUUUCAGCGCCUGCAUCUCGAGACCUUCGGCAAGUCUGGCGUCCGACGCGUCAUCCCCGGCCAGUACCUGGCGUGUGACCCCAAAGGCAGAGCGUGCCUCAUCGCGUCGGUGGAGAAGAACAAGCUGGUCUACGUCCUGAACCGGAACGCCCAGGCUGAGCUCACCAUCUCGUCCCCGCUAGAGGCCCACAAACCGGGCAUACAUGUCCUGUCCAUGGUGGCAUUGGACGUGGGCUACGCCAACCCGGUCUUCGCUGCCCUGGAAACCGACUACACAGAGGCGGACCAGGACCCCACAGGCCAUGCCGUUGACGAGGUCGAGACGCAGCUCGUGUACUAUGAGCUGGAUCUCGGCCUGAAUCACGUGGUUCGGAGAUGGUCGGAUCCUGUUGACCCGACCGCCUCUCUCCUCUUUCAAGUGCCCGGCGGUAACGACGGACCGAGCGGCGUCCUCGUUUGCGGAGAGGAGAACAUCACAUACAGGCACUCCAACCAGGAAGCUUUCCGGAUUCCCAUCCCGCGCAGGCGUGGCGCCACGGAGGACCCGUCGAGGAAGCGCAACAUCGUCGCCGGUGUAAUGCAUAAGCUCAAGGGCAGCGCUGGUGCCUUCUUCUUUCUCCUCCAGACGGAGGAUGGCGACCUUUUCAAGGUGACGAUCGAUAUGGCGGAGGAUCAAGAGGGCAACCCGACGGGUGAGGUAAAGCGGCUGAAAAUCAAGUAUUUCGAUACCGUCCCCGUGGCCUCCAGCUUGUGCAUUCUCAAGAGCGGCUUCCUGUACGUGGCCAGUCAGUUUGGCAACUAUCACUUUUACCAAUUCGAGAAGCUCGGCGACGAUGACGACGAACUCGAGGUCUCGAGCGAUGACUACUCGCCCGACCCCAAAGCAUCGUACGACGCCGUGUACUUCCAUCCCAGGCCGUUGGAUAACCUGGCCCUGGUGGAGAGCAUUGAUUCCAUGAAUCCGCUGCUCGACUGCAAGGUGGCCAAUCUGACCGGCGAAGAUGCACCGCAAAUUUACACCGUCAGCGGGAGCGGCGCGAGAAGCACGUUCAGGAUGCUCAAGCACGGCCUGGAGGUGAACGAGAUUGUCGCGUCCGAGCUCCCCGGCAUCCCCUCGGCUGUUUGGACGCUCAAGCUCAAUCGCGGGGACCAAUACGACGCGUAUAUCGUUCUGUCCUUUACCAACGGCACGCUGGUGCUGAGCAUUGGAGAGACGGUGGAAGAAGUUAACGACUCGGGCUUUCUCACCUCGGCACCGACAUUGGCAGCCCAGCUUCUGGGCGAGGAUGGCCUUCUCCAGGUCCACCCCAAGGGCAUCAGGCACAUUCGGAACGGCCAAGUGAACGAGUGGCCGGCGCCGCAGCAUCGUUCCAUCGUGGCGGCCACAACGAACCAGCAUCAAGUCGCCGUCGCCCUCAGCUCGGGCGAGAUUGUCUAUUUCGAGAUGGACGCGGACGGGUCGUUGGCCGAGUACGACGAGAAGAAGGAGAUGUUUGGCACGGUCACCUGCCUGUCCCUCGGCGACGUGCCCGAGGGCAGGCUAAGGAGCUCGUUCUUGGUCGUGGGCUGCGAUGACAGCACGGUCCGCGUCCUCAGCCUCGACCCGGAGUCAACCCUGGAGAGCAAAUCCGUCCAAGCCCUGACGGCGCCGCCCACGUCGUUGGCCAUCAUCGCGAUGGAGGAUUCGUCUUCGGGCGGAUCGACGCUCUACCUUCACAUCGGGCUGCACUCCGGCGUCUAUCUCCGCACCGUGUUGGACGAGGUUACCGGCGAGCUCACCGACACCCGACAGAAGUUCCUGGGCCCUAAGCCGGUCAAGCUGUUCCAAGUCACCGUUCAGGGACGGACGUGUGUUCUUGGCUUGAGCUCCCGCCCCUGGCUGGGCUACGCUGAUCCCAUCUCCAAGAGCUUCGCACUUACGCCGUUGAACUACGUCGACCUCGAAUGGGGUUGGAAUUUCAGUAGUGAACAAUGCGAGGAAGGCGUCGUUGGUAUUCAAGGCCAGUCCCUCAGGAUUUUUGCGAUGGAGAAACUGGGAGAUACCUUGACACAAAAGUCCAUCCCACUCACAUACACACCGCGACGCCUCCUCAAGCAUCCCGACUAUCCCAUGUUUUACACGAUUGAAGCAGACAAUAAUACGUUGCCGCCAGAGUUGCGGGCCCAGCUCAUCGCGGACCAGGGCGCGGUGAACGGCGAUGCCCAAACCCUCCCCCCAGCCGAGUUUGGGCAUCCCAAGGGCAAAGGCCGGUGGGCCUCGUGCAUUAAUGUCAUCGACCCGCUGUCCGAGGAGCAGCGGACGCUGCAGACUGUUGACCUGGACAACAACGAGGCGGCAGUUAGCGCCGCCAUCGUCUCGUUUACGAGCCAGGAUGACGAGAGUUUCCUGGUGGUCGGCACCGGUAAAGACAUGGUUGUCAACCCUCGACAGUUCGCGGAAGGCUAUAUUCGGAUUUACCGGUUCAACGAAGAGGGGCGCGAGCUGCAGUUCAUCCACAAGACCAAGGUGGAGGAGCCGCCGGUGGCGCUGGCCAGUUUCCAAGGCAAGCUGCUCGCCGGGAUCGGGAAGAUGGUGCGGAUUUACGACCUGGGCCUGAGGCAGAUGUUGCGAAAGGCGCAGGCCGAAGUGGCGCCGCAGCUCAUCGUGUCCCUGAACACGCAGGGGAACCGGAUCAUCGUAGGCGAUGUGCAGCAGGGCGUCAUCUACGUGGUGUAUAAGCCGGCGACGAACAAGCUCAUCCCGUUUGUGGACGACACCAUCGCGCGGUGGACCACGUGCACGACCAUGGUCGACUACGAAUCCGUGGCGGGCGGCGACAAGUUCGGCAACAUGUUCAUCGUCCGGACGCCGGAGAAGGCGAGCCAGGAGGCGGACGAGGAGCAGGCCGGCCUCCACCUGAUGCACACGCGGGACUACCUCCACGGCACGCCGCACCGGCUCAACCUCGUCAGCCAUUUCUACUGCCAGGACGUGCCGACGAGCAUCGCCAAGGCCAGCCUGGUUGUGGGCGGCCAGGAGGUGCUCCUGUGGAGCGGCAUCAGCGGGACGGUCGGCGUGUUCAUCCCGUUCGUCACGCGCGAGGAUGCCGACUUCUUCCAGACGCUGGAGCAGCACAUGCGGACGGAGGACCCGCCGCUGGCGGGGCGGGACCACCUCAUUUACCGGGGCUACUAUGCGCCGGUCAAGGGGGUCAUUGACGGCGACCUCUGCGAGAGGUUCACGCUGUUGCCGAAUGAUAAGAAGCAAAUGAUCGCGGGCGAGCUGGACCGGUCCGUUCGUGAGAUUGAAAGGAAGAUUUCCGACGUUCGCACCCGUUCGGCUUUCUAAAGAAGUCUUGACAUGAUUCACAUACCAUGGCUUGGCGUUGGCGGAUGGCGGUUUUGCGAUUUGGUCGAUUUUCUCACGUACGGAUCGAAUGGAGCAGGGGAGCGAUAUGCGGUGUUUUUUUCUUUUUCUUCUUUUUUUCUGAUCUUGGACGAGCCCAAGGAGUCUCUUCGGAGGGACAGUGGCUUCGAAAUGUAUACUCGACAGUAGAUGUCUAGUCUCGAUGAGGGUAAUAUAAUUAGGUCCCAGCCAAGAUGUGACCUCCGGAAAAUUCCAGCGC